AUGGCCGAAAGCUUGGAUAUGUUUUCUGUGUUGCCCGAUGCUUUGCUUCUAGUUAUAAUUUCCCUUCUUCCUUUCAAGGAAGCUGCAAGAACUUCAAUUCUUUCCAAACGUUGGCUACACAUAUGGGACAAAACAUCAAACAUUGAGUUCAAUGAGUUUUUCUUUGUUAAAUUUGAUCAGCUCUUCUACAUAAGAAGAAUCCAAAGAUAUGAAUUUCUUAACUUCAUCAGACACUGGCUUGAUAACAAAAAGAACAAAGAGCACUCUACUUUGGUGGAGAAGUUCUCUUUGAAGUUAUCAAAGCCUAAAGAAGUUGGUGAGAUCAUAAAAAUGUGUGUGACCUUUGCCACACAAAAUGGGGUCAAAGAUUUGACCCUUGAUUUUGCUCAUCCUGAUUUUGACUCAGUCCCCAAUUUUUCUCGUCCCUUUUGGGCCCCAGAGGAACCACUUCCUACAGAAGAUGACAUGAAGAACAAAUUUGAGUUACCAACACAUGUUUAUAAGCAUAAGAGCCUUGAGUCUUUGAAGUUGUUUGAUUGUAGUUUACGUGAAACUAAUUUGAUUAAUUGGAAUGUGCUCAAAGAAAUUUCUCUUGGCUGGAUGGAAGUGACACAAACUCUCAUCACAACUCUGCUAUCAAAUUGUAAGAUGAUUGAGAGUUUCAGCUUGGAAAGGUGUUGGAACAAAUUAGGCCUAUAUGAAUUUUGUGGUGAUAAUGACUUGAGGCUGAGAAGGCUUAUUGUUCGUGAUUGUUCCUAUGAUGGGUGGAGAUUGUUCAAAAUAAAAGCCCCCAAUCUUGUUUUUUUCAAGUAUUCUGGGGUAAUGAAACUUUUUGAAAUUCAAAGCUCCUUAGCAAUGGAAGAAGCAGAUCUUUACUUUGGCCUUGAUCUCAUGCAUGGUGAUGUUGCUUUUAGUACAUACAAUCUAAUUCAAGAUCUCUACCUUGUUAAGGUUCUGACGGAAAAGAAAGAUAAAGAGAAUAUGUUGGUAUUCAUGGGUGUCCACACUGUAGUGUUGAUUCUUCCUGCCGGACCGAACCCGCUACGUACAGAACGAGACAUGAAUGCAAAACACUUGAUCAUGAAAACAAGUUUAGGCGAUCAUGAACUUUUAGGAAGCGUGUUCUUGCUCAAUAGCUGUCCUAUGUUAGAAUGCCUCACCCUUGAGAUAGUCUCAAAAACAGUCUUCGAUUAUAAUACUGGAGGGUAUGCUGAUAACAGAGGAGACUGGAAGGACAAUUUAAUCACUCAUGGAUGCUUGGCCUCAACUCUGAAGAUGGUGGAGGUGAAUAACUUUAGGGGGAGUACGAAUGAGCUUCUUGUGCUUUACUAUCUUAUUCGUUAUGGGAGUGUCUUGGAAAAAAUUAUUGUCAAUGUGCUAAAGGGAAAAGAUGAUGAUUAUAUGGUUGAUUAUACGCCAAAUUACAAAGACGUGGAAGAAUAUUUGAUGACAACUCCAAGGGCUUCAAGCAAUUUGCAGAUAUCAUUCACAUAUUGA